GAUAGGGCUGGAGAAAUCGAUCUCCAGAAAUCGUUGUCUGCUUGGUGGUUGUACAAAUCCGUUCUAUAACCGGCGAAAUACACAAGGUUGAAUAAGACAUGGGACUUGAUGAUAUCUAUGACUAUGGGAUAAACAGCCCAUUAGACUACAGUUCUGAAGAGGAGGAAGAUAGCAGUUACUAUCCUCUGCAACCUCAGACUGUGAAGAGGAGUCUGUGGAGCUGUGAUGUUGAACCAACAAAACCUGAUUAUGAGACAGACCUGAUGAAGUUCAAGGACCACCAAAACCAUUCAGAUCAGAGGUUGGUUAAACUGGAGAGGCUUGUUACUGAGUUAGGUGAGAAGAAACCAUUGUUCAACUUGGCCCCUGAAUUGGUAGUUGCUGUUUGCUUCAGUAUGAGUGUUUUGGUAGUGGCACUCAUCAUGUUUAUUAAGUAAAUUAGAGUAGUCGGCAAGUGCAGCAUAUAAUGUAUGAUUGUAGGCACAGUUUUAAAGCCAGACUCACGUGCAUUUGUUUUGUAUGUUUUGGAAAACAAAAUUUGACAAGAGUCACAUGCUUUUGUUUGUAAGAAAGACCAACGUUCACA